AUGGUAGAUUGGAAGGAUGCUGACAUUAUGGUGAAGUACUACUACUCCAACCCCCUCAAGAUCAAUGGAAAGAGUGUCAAAGUCAGCUUGUCAUCGUCACUGAAGCGCCUGAGAGAAAGUCCUGACUCCACCACAUCCAAAAGAGAAGAUUCUAGUAAAAGCCACAGCAGCAGACAUGAGGGCUAGGAGACCUCAAAUUUCACAAAACAAAGAGAGACCCAGUACAGGCAAACAACCUGCUGAGAAAGUGGUGGAACAAGGAGAAGGUCAACAAAGCUCCUCAGAGGAGGUUUGGAGGAUUCUGACCUAAAGACUGCUGAUGAUCCAGCUCUGGGUGAUGCUGUUGUCUCAAUGGAGGACAUGAUGGAUCAGGAGAGUUUUCAUGAAGAUGACAACAUGGAUGACAUGGAUUUCCCUGAGAAUAUGGAUGAUUUUGUUACAUUGGAUGAACUCGAUACUGGAGGGGACGCAUCACUGGAGUCAAUGGAUUCUUCAUGGGAUGGAAAGGUUGUCUACAUUAGCCCAAUUAGAAAGGGCUAUAGAGACAUGGAGGUGGCCAUCUUGAAACUGGCAGAGCGAACAAACGUGAAUGUUGUAAACCAUACCAUAUCCUUUUUCAGACAGGAGGCAUUGUUAGAGCGUGAUACUACCGAUGAAGAACAUAAGAUGGUGAAGUUCUACAAAGGCAAAGGACAGUUGUUGUGGAAACCUGACAAUGUUAUCAUGCACUUUUCACAGAAAAAGUUGGAGAAUCUCAGUGGGAGAUCCAGCUACAUUUGUAUGCUUCCACUCCAGAAGUACUCGGACAUCUCUCUGUUACGGCUUGCCCAGCGUUUUGGUAAAAUCAAUGGCUAUCAUUUGAACUGGGGUCAUAGAAAGUGUUAUAUCCAGUUGGAGAGUGUGGAAGCCGCUCAGAAAAUGGUGAAGAAGUAUUUCCAACGUCCCCCCAGAUUUUACGACACCCUGUUAAGG